GGAGAAAGUUCUUCUGCUCAUCAUUGUUGCCUUUAGCCUGAGUGCAAACUGCCAGCCCUCUGACCAUAAAUACAUGAUCAUCGAUGAGCUGAAGGACUGGACUGAAGCUCGGAGUUACUGCAGACAGAAGUACAGAGACCUGGCAACCAUAGAGGACAUGGAGGACAUGAGAACUCUGAAUGACAUGGCAGCAUCUAUGGGAAAAAACAUAAGGUUUCAGGAAGCCUGGAUCGGGUUGCACCAUGAUGUGAACACCUGGCGGUGGUCCAUGUCUGACUCAGACUUCUACCAGCAUCAGGAGAGCGAGUUCAGGAGCUGGGCAGCUGGAGAACCUGACAACUAUGGAGGUCAAGAGUACUGUGGAGCGAUGAACUUUGAUGGAUACUGGGCUGAUAAAUCCUGCUCCAAUAACCAAAGUACCAUCUGCCUUCAAGUCAGCGGAUCAAAUGUUUCCUUUGUUCACAUCAAAACCUACAUGAACUGGACGGAGGCUCUGAGCUACUGCAGAAAGCAUCACACAGACCUGGCCAGCAUCAGGAACCUGGAUGAGAACCGGAAGGUUAACAACACCAUUCCAAAAGACAGAGUCUGGAUCGGCCUGUACAGAGACACCUGGAAGUGGGCGGAUGCCAACAACUCAACGUUUAGGAAUUGGAACAAAGAAAACAAUGAACCAAAUAGCCACGGGAAGGAGGAAUGUGCAGCGGCUAACUUUGGGAGAUCUGGCCAAUGGGAGGACUGGAACUGUGGGGAAAGGAAGUCCUUCAUUUGUUACAGCGGUACGGAUGUGAAGUUUGUCUACAUCAGUCUUAAGAUGAACUGGACCAAGGCUCAGAGCUACUGCAGUAAACAUUACACUGGCCUGGCCUAUGUGAGGAACAUAGAAGAGAACCAGAAGAUUAAGAAGUUGAUACCAGCAGGACAGAAUCCAUGGAUUGGUCUCAGCAGAUUCCUCUGGAUCUGGGCCGAUGGAAGCCAGUCCUCAUUCCGUCACUGGAGCUCCGGGGAACCCAGCGCAUCUGAUAAGCUUUGUGCCAUAGCAAACCUGGGAAAUUCUUGCCAGUGGGAGGAGUUGGGCUGUAAUGAACUACGGCCAUUCGUCUGCUACAAAGGUCAGUCAAACUACUGCAGAGACCAUCACACUGACCUGGCAACCUUGGAGAACAUGGAGGAUGUGAGGAUGCUGGCUGACCUGGGAGCCUCUCUGGCUAACAGCCCUGCGGUCUGGAUCGGAUUGUAUGCAGAUGUGAACAGCUGGAAGUGGUCCAUAUCGGACGGGGAUCAGCAGGAGGAGAAGCAGUUCUGGAACUGGUACACUGGAGAACCGAACAAUCAGUUUGGAAGAGAGAGCUGUGCUGCCAUUGACAUUGAUGGGUCCUGGUAUGACGUCCCCUGCUCUCUGACCCUAGGGACGCUCUGCGUUGAAGAAAAGGAGACUCGCAAGUUUUGGUACAACAACCAAGAAAGGACCUGGAGCGAAGCCCAGAGCUACUGCAGGGAGCGCUACACAGACCUGGCCAACAUAAGAGACACCUCUGAAAACCAGAAGAUCAAGAACUUGAUCACACAGCCAGUCUGGAUGGGUCUGUACCAAGACCCCUGGAAGUGGGUGGAGGGAAGGAAGUCCUCCUUCAGGUUCUGGAACAUCUUUAACCCUGAUAGCAGGAAGAAUGAAUGUGUUGCUGCCAACUUUGGAAAUGGUGGGAAGUGGGAGAAAUGGAGCUGUGCUGAGAAGAAAGCCUUCAUCUGUUCUGCUGGUGAGGAAUCCUGCAGCUCCCAAGAGUACGAGUACCCCACUCUGGGAGCAACUGUUCUGUUUUCGACGUACCUGUACAUACAGGUGCUCUCACAUCUGCAGACAUCGACAAACAGACUGAACCUCAGGGAGGCCAUU